AUGCAGCACUACUCCAACGACCAACACUACGAGAGGGAGCCUCUUGAUCCCGCCUACGACAAUCGCUACAACACUCCCACUCGACGACCCCAAUACGACGAAUACGCUCAGCAGUCACCAUAUCAUGACGACUUGCCUCACCACACAGCAGACCCCAACAGCUCUCAUUACGAGCCCGCUCACUACGACGACAUGUCCGCCCACGGUCCCCCACAGCCUCCUCCGCACAUGAAUCUUCACGCUUCCAACAGCUCUGCAUCGCGUCAACCCCCCGACGACUACCGAGGCGCCUCUCACAAUAUCCCACCUGCUCAUGACAACUAUGGUUCCGCCGCCGUUCCCCCCGCUGCCAUGGCUGCCGCCCCUUCCAACUUUGCCGACCGCAACCCUGCAGACAUUGGCAUGGACUCUCUUCGCACUACAGGCCAGGUAUUGCCUCCGCCUUCACGCGCACAAUACCAGAACAACGCCUGGAAUAACUCAUCACCACGCCAAAGCGUACACAGCGGCCCCUACGCCGCCGGAUAUGCCACUGACACUGAUUCCCGCUCUACCGUCAACCCCUUUGGCACCGUUGCCUCUUCCUCCGUCGGAUCGAGAUCGCCCUCUCGGAGCCCCAACGCUUCGGGACAUGGCUCCAACCAAGAAGCCUACUACAACUAUUCGACCGCCCCUCGUCGAGACGUCGUUCCUCCUCUUGGCAUGGUCGACCCAAUGUCCAUUGCUGAUGAUGGCGACGAUGGUCUUGAAUAUGGCCGUCGCAGUCACAGAAAUUCUGGUAACAGCGCCAAUAAACGCGGUGCACCCAUUGCUGGUGCCGCAGCCAUCGGUGCCGCUGCCGGCGGCGCCACAGCCGUAGCUGCCGAACAUGAUCCCGCACAUGCUGGAUAUUGUACGCUGACUCGCUUCUUCUCAGACACUCGUGGCUAUUAUGAACCUCCAAAACGCGAACGAUCCUCAGAUUGGCUAGAGAAGAAGCAGAGCCGCUCCAAGAAAUGGAAGUGGGCCAUCAUUGCCCUCAUCUUCCUCGUUAUUGCCGGAGCCAUUGUCGGUGGUGUUGUUGGAACCCUCGUCACCGGGAGAAAGGAUGACAACAAAAAGACGACCAGCCCCAGCGACGAUGCCAGCGGCGACCUUGGCCUCGACAGCGCCGAAAUUAAAAAGCUGCUCAACAAUCAGAACCUGCACAGAGUUUUUCCCGGCAUGGACUAUACCCCGAUCAACGUCCAAUAUCCCGACUGCAUUCACAAUCCGCCCUCUCAGAAUAAUGUUACCCGCGACGUUGCCGUUCUCAGCCAGCUCACCAACAAAAUUCGCCUGUACGGAACCGACUGCAACCAGACCCAAAUGGUCUUGCACGCCAUUGACAGACUACAGAUGAAGAAGGAUCUCAAAGUCUGGCUUGGCGUCUGGCAAGAUGGAAAUAGCACUACCAACAAACGCCAGCUCUCCCAAAUGUGGGACAUUCUCGACGAGUACGGCGGCGAUCAGUUUGAAGGCGUUAUUGUCGCCAACGAAAUUCUGUUCCGCAAAGAAAUGACCAUCAACACGCUCUCCACGCUUCUAUCUGACGUCCGCACUAACCUGACCAAGCGAAGCAUCAGCAUGCCCGUUGCUACCUCGGAUCUUGGCGACGACUGGACUGCCGAGCUCGGCAAGGACUCUGAUUUGAUCAUGGCCAACAUUCAUCCGUUUUUUAGCGGAACCCCAGCCAAUCUGGCCGCCCAAUGGACUUAUAGCUUCUGGGAAAACAAGAAUGGCCCUAUGUGGAAGACUGACAAGAAGAUGAAUGUCAUUUCCGAAACCGGCUGGCCCUCUGGGGGCGGCUCCAGGUGCCCUACUAGUGCUCCCCAAUGCACUGACCCCGCCAAGGCUGGCAUCGACGAGAUGAACCGCUUCAUGAGCGAUUGGGUCUGCGAUGCCCUAACCAAUGGCACCAACUACUUUUGGUUCGAGGCCUUUGACGAGCCUUGGAAGUCGCGCUUCAAUUCGGGCAAGGAGAACUGGGAGGACAAGUGGGGUCUGCUUGAUGUGAAUCGAAAUUUGAAAAAGGGCGUCAAGAUUCCCGAUUGCGGAGGCAAAACAGUAUCCUAG